UCUCGAUGGAGCUACCCGAGGAAGGCGAGCGGCCGCCGCAGCGGCAGCCCUGGGGGCGGCUCCUCCGCCUGGGCGCCGAGGAGGGAGAGCCGCACGUUCUCCUGUGGAAACGCGAGUGGACCAUAGGCCGGAGGAGAGAAUGCAGUCUUGCUGUAUUUGUUAACCACACACAGUAUCCUGUCCAACGACAAUGGAACAAAAUCAGAAAUCGGUAGAAAAAAUACUGGAAAAUUCACGGAUAUGUGGAAUUAAAUACCACCAUCUUAAACAACUGAUGGGUCAAAGAAGAAAUCACAGGAAACGUUAAAAAAAAUCUUGAGACGGGCGGCGCCUGUGGCUCAGUCGGUUGUGACCUUUCAUUCCCCAGCAAUAAACUGGUCUCUGGAGAUCAUUGUAAAAUUGUAGUGGAUGAAAAAUCUGGUCAGGUGAUGCUGGAAGAUACCAGCACUAAUGGAACAGUAAUUAACAAGCUGAAAAUUGUUAAGAAGCAGACUUGCCCUUUACAGACGGGGGAUGUCAUCUACUUGGUGUACAGGAAGAAUGAGCCAGAACAGAAUGUGGCAUACCUCUAUGAAUCUUUAAAUGAAAAGCAAAGCAUGACACAAGAUUCCCUUGAAGCUAAUAAAGAAAAUGUGUUCCACAUGACCAAAGAUACCUCAAGUGCAGGGUGUGGUGAUGAUCCCCAGGUCCCAUCAUUGUCACCCACCACUCAGAUGUGCUUUGAGGAGCCACAGCCAUCGACAUCGACGUCAGACCUCUUCCCCACGGCCUCUACCUCUGCCAUGGAGCCUCCUGCAGUGCUAGAGCAUUGUUCCAGCUCUGACAGAACAAGAGUACCCUCCUCUUUGAUGGAACCUCGAGAUCAGGAGAAUUUGGAGCCUACUAAAAAGAAAAUGAAAAGAGACGGGGAGCUUGACUUGAACUUGGAGUUAUUGGUCGCAGAUCAAUGCAGAAAUACCCAACCUGUUCUCGUGGAUGUCAGAGCUGCAGCUGUAAAGCCAGACAAGAUGGAGGAGACGCUCACAUGUGUCAUCUGCCAGGAACUGCUGCAUGACUGUGUGAGCCUGCAGCCUUGUAUGCACACUUUCUGCGCGGCUUGCUACUCUGGGUGGAUGGAGCGAUCCUCCCUCUGCCCCACCUGCCGCUGUCCAGUGGAGCGGAUCUGUAAAAACCAUAUCCUCAACAACCUUGUGGAAGCAUACCUCAUCCAGCACCCAGACAAGAGCCGCAGCGAAGAAGAUGUACAAAGCAUGGAUGCCAGGAAUAAAAUUACUCAAGAUAUGCUGCAGCCCAAAGUCAGGAGGUCUUUUUCUGAUGAAGAGGGGAGUUCAGAGGACCUGCUGGAGCUGUCUGAUGUUGACAGUGAGUCCUCUGAUGUUAGCCAGCCAUACGUCGUGUGCCGGCAGUGUCCUGAGUACAGGAGGCAGGUGGCACAGCCCCUUCCCUGCCCAGCACCCACUGGUGAGCCAAGUGCCCCACAAGCCCUGGGGGUUGUACCGUCCACAUCUGCCAGCCUUGCAACAGCAGGCCAGGAGUACGUGUGCCCACUACAGGGGAGCCAUGCCAUAUGCACCUGCUGCUUCCAGCCCAUGCCCGACCGGAGAGCCGAGCACGAGCAGGACCCCCGCGUCGCCCCUCAGCAGUGUGCAGUUUGCCUGCAGCCCUUCUGCCAUCUGUACUGGGGCUGCACCCGGACUGGCUGCUUUGGCUGCCUGGCCCCAUUCUGUGAACUCAAUCUGGGCGACAAGUGUCUGGAUGGGGUGUUGAACAACAACAACUACGAGUCGGACAUCCUGAAGAAUUACCUGGCAACCAGAGGUUUGACGUGGAGAAACAUGUUGACGGAGAGCCUCAUGGCGCUUCAGCGGGGGGCAUUCCUGCUGUCUGAUCACAGGGUCACUAGCAACACUGUGCUGUGCUACUGCUGUGGCCUGCGCAGCUUCCGAGAGCUGACCUACCAGUACCGGCAGAGCAUUCCUGCUUCAGAGCUGCCAGUGGCUGUGACAUCCCGUCCUGACUGCUAUUGGGGCCGUAACUGCCGCACUCAGGUGAAGGCUCACCACGCGAUGAAAUUCAAUCAUAUCUGUGAACAGACCAGGUUUAAGAACUAAGCGUCGGGAAGCUGCAGGAGCUGUGGAGUGUUGGAGGCAAUGAUGACGUGUUUUAAAAAUACCGAAUACAAACACAUUAGGGCUUCUAGAAUCCCCCUGAAGAUUGCUGGGGUCUCUGGUCACAGACUGUACUGUGACUUUCUUUUUGGUGGAGUUUUACCCUCCAAAUAAGAUCCUUCCGAGAGGCCUGGGGAGAGGCUGGGGAUACAGCCUAUCCUCCUGGCCAUUGUUGGGCAGGGACUGGUGUUGGCUGACGCUGCAGAGACGAAGACUUCCUGUGAACAGAAAGUCAUCCCCACCUGCUGAGAGGGGGAUAGCACAGGUUUGCUCCUUUUGUACCCUUUCCAUAACUAGAGUUAAAACAGAAAUCUCUUUUCAGGAAAAGUUUCAAGGGAGAAAGGGGAAAGUUUAUCAAAAACAUUCUUUUUAAGGAAAAUGGAACAUAAGUUUACAGCCUACAGGAUGUACAGAAUAUUCUACUGUUGGGAAAACCACAGCAUUUUAUAUAUUUUUUAUUUUAAUAGAUUUGGUGCUUAUCUUCUAAUAAGAUUUAACUAUCACAAACUGUAGCACAAAUAAUAUAAUUUAUAAUUUCCAAAUUGACUAAAAUUGGUUAUAGUAUGAUAUUUGAAAGAAUAAGCAUAUGUUUCUCUGUAUUAAAAAACAAUUUAUAACAUCCCAAACUG